AUGAGCGAUACUCAAACCUCUCAUUUACUUCCUCUCAAUAAUUCUCCUUUUCUUCAAUGGGGUAUCAUAUCCAUAUGUAUAUCAUUGACUGUUAGUAAUUUCAUUCUCUUUUGCUGCUUGAUCUAUAUCCUUGUGAGAUGGCAGAGAUCUUCUUCUCAUGUCAUGAUCAAGAAGGAAUCACUGCUAUGGAAAAGGUUUCUAAGUUGUUGCUGCAGUGCAUGUCCUGGAAAACGAAAAAAGUCUCAACUCCGUCUGAUCGCCUCUCCGGAUGAGAGGUAUCCUUCACAGGAUGGUCAUCAUCAUCAAUAUUAUGGAAGAAUGGAUGAGGAAGAGUGCAUACAAAAUUGUGGCUCCAAUGUAUUAAUACAGAAAUCCAAUAAUUUCUCUAAUUCAGUGUUCAAGCAUGAACAGGCAAUGAAUGAUGAGCUUGAUGAUUUAACGACUUUGAGUGUGGUGGGAAUGAAGAAGAAUGAUUCAACCGAUCAAGACUCAUUGAAUCAACAUAAUUCUGAGGAGACUUUAAUCGUGCCAAAUAGUAUUUCAAUUUCACAAAAUCGACCAAAGCAUUUAGAAAAGAUACAACCUGUGGAGCAUCCAGAAAAUUUACCUUACAAUGAUUUAUCAAAAGAAUUGAAUGAUGCGAUUGUAAAGGUCUCACCUCAACUCAGAAAUAUGAGCGUUAUGAGUGAAGAGUUGGAACUCAUUGACCAAAUUGGAGUGGGAAGCAGUGGUAUUGUCUAUAAAGCCAAGUAUAUGGGUGUACUUGUAGCUGUAAAACAAUGUUUAAUAUGUGACUUAUUGGAAGAUCCUCUUAAAGAAUACAUGAAAGAAACUCAAAUUUUGAGUUCAAUAAGACAUCCAAAUAUUGUACAGUUUAUUGGAGCAACUAUUAAGCCUCCAUUCUUUUAUAUUGUGACAGAGUAUUGUUCUCGAGGAAGUGUCGAUAAGAUCAUCAAGACUAGUUAUUCUAAUGUCAAUGAUAGUAAUAAUCGAAACGAUUAUUUAGAGACAAAAUCUAAAAAGUUUCUUUCUGCAAAAACACCAGUGACUGAUUCACAACUUACCAGACUUUCUGUGGACGCAAGAACAAACCAAGCACGACCAUCCAUCCUGUUGAAUCAUCAUUUUAAAUCUGGACUUAGUCUUAGAAAGAAAAUCAAAUUAUUAUUGGAUGCAGCCAAUGGUUUGAAUAUGUUAAAGUCUAAGAAUAUUAUUCACAGAGAUGUGAAGAUUUCAAAUUUUCUUGUCACAAACGAUUGGACAUUGAAAAUAUCAGAUUUUGGAACUGCUUUCCAUUGUUUAAUGAAUCGACAAAAACGUGGCACUAAAGCAGGAACUAUUGAAAUAAGUGCACCAGAAGUUCUAUUGGAUGGUCACUAUUCAUUCAAAUCCGAUGUCUAUAGUUUUGGAAUCUGUGUCUAUGAAUUAAUAUUUGAGAAGGAAAUUUAUCCAAACAUGAAUGUUUAUGAAAUUGCACACAGAGUGAUUCAUGAUGAAUUGAGACCACCACUUCCAACCUCUCAAGAAUUGAGAGAAAUGUUUUUUGCAGACCUCACCAACCUCGAGUAUGAGGUUGUGAAAAACGUCAUUAUGAAACUCAUUGUGAAAUGUUGGUCAAAGAUUGAAAACGAUCGUCCAGAAUGGGAUGAAAUUUGUUCUAUACUGAGAAGUUGUUUAUCUAAACUUUCCAAAUCCUCAACGAGUAGUAGUAGCAGCAGUGGUGGUGGUGGUCAAUCCGAGUUGGCAGAUGAUUUGUAA